AAUAUGUCAGAUUAUCACAGCACCGUCACCUGCUGGUUAUAACCAUUUUCUGGAUUCUUUUAGCAAACUUUCCCAGAGCUCAGGAGCACUCUGAGAGGAAGCACUGGGAGUCCGCAUGCUGGGACCAGAGGAACUUUCCCCUCAGUGCAAGGGGACAAGAGGGCCAAGAAAUAAGACACAUGCUGAACUGUAUAACCAUUAGAAACAACAGCUGUUCCACAGUGCUGUCAAUCCAUGCAGGUAGAAAUAUGCUGUUUAAUUACUAUGAUAAUAAUAGUCUUUCCCUAGUGCUCGUCCAGCUCAUGUGGAACCUCCCCUUAUAUGCAAAACAGGUUUGCUAUUUAAAUGUCAGCUUGUGUAUACAUGUCAGCUGCUAGCUUCUCUUGGGGAUCUGAGACAGCUGACACUGUUGCCAAUAUAAAUUUUGCAGGUUGGAGACUAACUGGUAAGACUGUGGUGAGCCUCCCUUUUGUCUAACCCAAUAGGAGUGCUUUCUGGGUUUUGUUUUUUUCCCUUUGACGUGACUUCCAGGAGACACAGAGUGAAAGAGUCACUUUUCUUGGAGACGGUUAAAGCGAAUAAACAUGCAAGGGCUCAUCCUGCUCUAUCGACAAGUCCACGUGAGCUGCCUUGAAGGACAGAAGUGGAAGGAACAAGUACCCUCUCCUGGUGUCUACCAGCACCUCUCCCUUACUGCAACUUGGGCUUCUUCCAGCAUGAUGGCUUCGUUUCCUGUCUUGAAGCAAGAGACAUUGUUCCGGAAUGGUACCUGGAGCUAUCGAAUUCCAGCCCUGCUCUACCUGCCACGUUUCAGCAUCAUCCUGGCAUUUGCUGAGGAACGAGAGGAUGUGGUGGAUGAACAUGCCAAGCUAAUAGCAAUACGCAGAGGCAUGUAUGACCCAACGACACACCAUGUUCAGUGGAAUAGCAUGGAGACCAUUGUCAGUGCACAGCUGAAAGACCACCGAUCUAUGAACCCAUGUCCUGUUUAUGAUGAGGUCUCAGGGAAGCUGAUCCUGUUCUUCAUAGCUGUCCCAGGAAAGAUCUCUGAGCAGCAUCAGCUCAGGACAAAGAUCAACCUGGUACGUCUCUGCUACGUCACUAGCAUGGACCAAGGACGUACCUGGAGCACUGCCCAGGAUGUCACCGAUGGUACCAUUAGCACUGAGUACAAGAACUGGGCCACUUUUGCAGUGGGGCCGGGUCAUGGAUUACAACUGCUCAACGAGGCCCGGAGCCUCGUGAUUCCUGCAUAUGCCUAUCGUAUCUUGGACCCUAAGCAACACCCCACCCCUCAUGCCUUCUGCUUCAUCAGCUCUGACCAUGGGACAACAUGGGAGUUGGGGAACUUCGUGGGGGAGGAGAGCGCAGUGGAGUGCCAGGUAGCAGAGGUGCACACCUGUGGCAGGAAGGUCCUCUACUGCAAUGCAAGGAGCAGUAGGGGAGCCAGAAUCCAGGCUGUCAGCUACAAUCACGGGGUGGACUUUGAGGGAGGCCAGCGGGUUGAAAUGCUAGUAGAACCUCCCUCUGGAUGUCAUGGAAGUGUUACUGCCUUCCCACCUCCCCCUGAUGCUAGAUGCCAAGACAGUUGGUUGCUCUACGCUCAUCCCACAGACCCAAAGGGUCGAAGAGAUUUAGGAAUUUACCUCAACAAAAGCCCUUUAAAUCCAACACACUGGACAAAACCAAGCAUCCUCUUUAAGGGCCUGUGUGCUUAUUCGGAUUUGCAGUACAUGGGGGUUGGGCCAGAUGGGUCACCCUUGUUCUCCUGCCUCUUUGAAUAUGGGACCCACCAACAAUGUGAAGAGAUAAUCUUUGUAAUGUUCACUUUGAAGCAAGCCUUUCCAUCAGAGUGCUGAGUCUUGAGCCUUUCCAUCAGCAUCCCUCUGGAAAUGACCUUUGCUAAUGCUUCUUUUCAUUGUCACUUCUCAUCUUUCAGCAGAAGGUUUUUUUGUACUCCUCCUGCACCCUUAGUUUGGCAUUGGCUUGUGGCAUCUAGAU